GGCAAUAGCUGCACUUUCCACCUGAACGCAGUCGCCGUCUGUUUCUUCUUUGUAGCAAUUCACAUGACCAGCGACAACACAUCUGCUACUGGAAAUGGAUAGAUUCUCAGAUGGUCGAAGAGAACAAGACCCAUCAAGAUAUGAAGACCCCCCACCAUAUUCAUUCAAACAAAGCAAUUAUCAGCAUAACUUGUCACAGGUCAUGAGCUACCCUCCACCAGACUACCCAAAGGAAAGUUACCCAGGUAGGAGCUACACACCUCAGGAUUACCCAAACCAAGCAUAUCCUACGCCUGGGGCACUUCAAGGCUAUACAGCAUCACCUCUAACCCCAGAGCAAGAUACUCCUCCAGAAUAUCAGAGUGUCUCAGUGAACCAAACAGAGCUACAUUUCCUUGACAAAGCUAUCAGAAGAGCUUUCAUCAGAAAAGUGUACCUCACAUUAAUGCUUCAGUUGAUAAUCACCAUAAGCAUAAUCUGCACAUUCCUUUAUUGGAAAACUCUGAAUCGCUGGACCUUUGAACAUAGCUGGUUCACAUUUGCUUUGUUCCCUGCCAUCUUUAUUUUGAUCAUCGUCCUAUCUUGCUGUGAUGGUGUUCGACGCAAAGUUCCAUUGAACUUCAUCUUUCUUUUUGUCUUUACUGUUCUGGAAGGUGUGGUGUUGGGAGCUGUUUCAGUUUAUUAUGGUGCUAAUGCUGUGAUGUGGGCUAUAGGAGCGACUGCAUUUGUGUCAUUUGGACUAACCAUAUUUGCCAUGCAAUCCAAGUGGGACUUCACCAUGGGGAGUGGAAUUUUAUGUGUCGUGUUAUUGGUUUUGCUAGCAUUUGGUCUUCUGUGUGCAAUAAUACGAUCAUUUUGGCUCCAAAUAGUUUAUGCUUCCCUAGGAACACUGAUAUUUGCAAUUUACCUAGUUAUUGACACCCAGCUGAUGCUUGGAGGGAAACAUCGUUAUGCUCUGAGUCCUGAGGAGUACAUCUUUGCAUCACUGAACCUCUACCUUGACAUCAUCAACCUCUUUCUUUUCAUACUCCAGAUCAUUGGACUUUCUCGCUAAUCAAUGAAAGCAAGUAGCACAUUGAGUCUUGUACAUCACAUCACUAGUAAAUCACAGAAAAGUUUGAUUGUUUAAUGCCAUUAUUGCUGUUACAUCUUUGCAGCAAUAAUUUUCUUAUGGAAACAGACACCAUAAAAUAGAGCUGAACAAAAAACACAGCAGAGUAUUUAAACUUAGAAAAUAUAGAUUUUUUUCAUAAUGUAUUAUAAUCCUUGCAUUUGAUAUUGCAAUAAAGUCAAAAAAUACAUUGAAAUAUUUUACACAGGAUGUAACAAUUUGGCAUAACAAAUUGAUUGCUUACAGAUGUGUUCCCAAUGCAUACUAUUAUAUAAAAUGUAAUAACAAAUGAUGCCUCAGUACAUCGUUAUAUUGUGAUAUCAGGCAUUUAAUACUCUAAUUUGUCAAACUGGAUGAUUUUUGUAUUUGUGUAACUCAGAUUCUUUUGUAAAUUUGGAAAUAAAGUGCCAAACUAGAAGUUUUUAAAAUAACUAA